GCCCACCUGGGGGAUCUCCUGUGGUGGCGGCAGCUGUUGUGAAGAGGACGGGAAACCUACUUCCCCGCCGUCGCUGCUCUCUACCCAGCGUCGCUUGACAUCUGCAAACUGAAACCAUUUUCUUGGGUGAGACAACAUCGCGCGCCAAGCCCCCUCAGGAAAGUGGCCAUGAGAGGAAAGCUGUCACUACUGUAGAAGAUUUGGAGUUGAUAUGAGAAUAUACAACAGUAAAUGUGAUGGAGAAUCAGCCAGUAAUGUUAGGGAACCAGGAUGUAGGGACAGCAGCAGCUACAGCACCUUGUGAACAGGCUCCUAUCCUUGUGAAAGAGCCACAGACCAGUGGAAAAGCCAAGCAAGGAAACUUAGUUUCAAAUCAAGACACUUGUGGUAUCGCUAGCAAUGGAGCAGUGCCAGCAAAAUCUAAAGUGAAGACUUGUCUUCCUGCAGAUUGUACCUUUGGACGCAUUACUGUCACCCUGGACAACAAUACCAUGUGGAAUAAAUUCUACCAUCGUAAUACGGAAAUGAUUCUCACUAAGCAAGGAAGAAGGAUGUUUCCAUACUGUCGAUACUGGAUCACGGGCUUGGAAUCUAGCCUGAAGUAUAUCUUGGUCAUGGAUAUUUCUCCCGUUGACAACUUCCACUAUAAAUGGAAUGGGCAUAGUUGGGAGCCCAGUGAAAAAGCAGAACCUCAUGUUUGGGGGCGGGUAUUUAUUCACCCUGAGUCACCUUCUACAGGUCAUUACUGGAUGCACCAGCCAGUAUCUUUCUACAAACUCAAACUUACUAACAAUACCUUGGACCAGGAAGGGCACAUCAUUCUUCAUUCUAUGCACCGCUAUCUACCUCGUCUACACCUGGUGCCUGCCGAAAAAGGCACAGACAUUAUCCAGCUGAACAGUUCCGAUGUCCACACUUUCACCUUCCCGCAGACAGAAUUUUUUGCAGUGACAGCCUAUCAAAACAUCCAAAUAACACAACUAAAAAUAGACUGUAAUCCAUUUGCAAAAGGAUUUGUGAAAGGUGGAUUGAAAAGUAGUGACCAAUAUAAGGCAAAGCAAAAUGGUAGGUCAGAGCAUGAAGGUUUUCCUCAUAACGAUAGAUGUACAUAUUCUCCUGAUGCUGAUGUUUUGGAUCCUGGGCAGAGAGGCCUAAAUAGUUCAUAUGACAACCAGAAGAUGUGUAAUACUGAUUUGGAAAGAAAGCCAUUCAAUUCAUGCAUCAAUGAACAUGAUGGACCAGAAUUAAAGCAGGAGACAACUGAACUGAAUGCUGAUUAUUAUGGGGAAAGAUUGCAAGGACCACGUAAGAGAGGAAGACCACGGAAGCUGAAGUUAUCAGAGGUUACCCAACCCCUGAAGGCUAUUCUGAAGAACCAUUGUGCCCCUUUGAGUCCAUAUUCUGAUCACCCAGAGUUUAUGCUUGAUCUUGAAGAUGUGGGUGGAUUCCUGUUUGUGUCCUCUGGAUCAAAGGAAGGUCUCAGUAAUCACACUGUUGAUAAAUCUGGAAGAACAGAAGAACCACAGAAUGAACAGGCUGCUUUACAGAUUACAUGUGAUUCAGGCUGUCAGGAAAGGCUGAGUCUUCUAGAAACAAGGCUCUUAGAAGAUUUGAAGUCCUUCAGGCACAAACAAGUGGUACAUCCUAGUCUUCAAGAAGUGGGACUGAAGCUGGGUUCUGUGGACCCAACAGAUAGCAUUGACUUACAAUAUUUGGGUGUGCUGCUUCCUCUGAGCUCUUCAAAGGAUCGUGCAUUUGGUAACAACCAAGGAAUAAGGCCCAGUUCUUUAGAUACUGGCCCUUCCUUCAUUUCCAGGACUGGAAAAACAGAUGAUUUUAGAAAAAUAAAAGGCUGGCAGGAAAAACUCCACAAUGCUUCCAGACUGGAAGGAAGCAUUCUAGAGAGCUCCUUGAAGAACCAAUCUGCCUUCUAUAGUGAUAAGCUUGAUGAAUAUUUGGAAAGUGAAGGGAAACGAAUGAAUACAAGUAUGGGAUUCUCUGCCAGCAUCUCGAGUUAUCCUGUGCCUCACCAGUUUUCAUCUGAAAGCAGCAACUAUAUAAAGACACAACACAGCAUUCUAAAGAAGAAAUGCACUCCACUUGCCUCUUACUGUUUUAAACCUUUUUCUCUGCCUUCCUUUAGAAAAGGCAGGAGAAACAUAACCAGUAAACAAGCAUCUACUCGAGGCAGCAUAAGAUCCAAUAAUUCCGCAGUGCCUUCACCUGUUUUAUCAAAGGAGCAACACCGCUUCCAAGUCUUGAAAAACAAAGUUACUAAUCCUCAGCCAGAUAGUAAAAUGGACAAUAUAGGAACUGUACUUAUGAUGCCAAACUUGGAUGAAAAUGUGCAGGGAAAACAGAGGACUGUGUGUCAGUCAAUGCAGAAUAGUCACAUAUGUAACCCUUCUACAAAGCUGAUCAAACUGGAGGGAUGUGCAUUACAGAAUGGGAAGCCACGAACCUAUAUUACUGAAGAACAUGCAGAUUUCUCUCUGCCUUUACUCAACAACUGCAAAGUAAUCGGAAGGCAAACUGCACAGUGCAGCAGCAGCUCUUGCCAGCCUGGGUGUGUUUGUGCCAGCUCACCUCUUGAGGAAUUCCAACCUACACUUUGCAGCGAAACAGAAUGCACAUUUGAAUGCCUGAAGAAAAAGAUGAUCUUAACAAAGGGGAUUUCCAUACAGAAGCCUUUGCAUGGCAUUCUCACAUGCUGUAAUGGGCAGGAAGAGGAGUGGAAACUGGAACAAACUAAUAAGGGGGAGACAACAUGUGAUGACUUUUAUAAAGCAGACCUAAAGCAGUCAUCCAUAAAUUUCCCAGUGUGGGUAAAAGAAGAAGAGACUGAUACAAAACCAAUUGAUAUCCCAACAUCAUCUAAAUCAACAAAACAUGUAAUGCUUCCUCACUCAGAAGUCAUUUUACCUUUCAGUAAGCUAAAUCCUACCUGUGAGGUAGUCAAAGUGGAGCAAGGGAAAACGCCUAAUUUCAAGUCCAUGUUUCCAGAGCAGAAGAAUGUUGUAAGUUCCAUCAUUCAACCUACUGCAUCUCUAGUGAGAGAGGUUGGUGCUGUCCAUCUAGAAGAAAGGAAGUCACACAUACAAGGGACACAUACAACUUCCAUGGAGUUGGAAGUCACAGCAUCUAAUAGCAAAGCAGAAGAAUUGUUAGUAACUCAGCCAAAGUCUCAAGGGACGAUGUAUGAGAAAAAUGCUAUUACUUCAGGGAUAGCUGGGAAGAAUACAGAAAUGAUGGAGCAGUUAUCAAGUUUUGAUCCUGUCUUCCAACUUGAGACUGUUUUAGCGGAUCACUCCUAUUUCCUCAAAGAUACAGCUGAGACGCAACAACACGUUAAACUUUCUGAAGGCACAUUAGAUGACAUUUCUCAAUCGGUACAUUCAAAGCAGUCUGAACUCAGCAACAAUCAGCCAGUUGAUGCAGCGCGAGCUGUGACUAGGGAUCGUUCAAAACACACGGAAGAUGAACGUUGCCGCCGUAAAGAAAUGAAAGGACUGUUUGAAAAACUGCAAGUGACUUUGCAAUCACAGAGCUAUCCUAGAGUUGCCAACCGUGUCUUGCUUGAAAAUGCCUUUGAAGAGAUCCGGGGGCUAACAAAUCAAGCAGAUCAACUGAUGGAACAGAAGAAGUUACUGAUGUGCAAGCAGGACAUCCUGAUUCGUAAAGCAUCUGCUCUAUCAGGCAAGACACAAGAGAUUGUCUUGAAGAAGCUGCAGUAUACCAAUGCAAAGCAGAAAUCAGGAGAAGCACAGAAGAUGCAUCAGCAACAGAAAAACCAGCCCAUGAAGGCUAUUGAAAUUUCAGAGACUGCUAGACCAUAUGUGCAAGAUGGUCCUAACACAAAUGCCCUAGUCCAAGGACAUCCUGCAAAUGAAGACUCGUUCCUGAUGCCAAGGAUAGUAAAUGUGAUGUCAUUUGCUACUGAAGAAGAUUCAGAUCUAAAUCUGGAGAUAAAUAGGGAUUCUUAUGUAUCCCUUGUUACAGAUUCCCAAGCAUGGAAGCCAUCCUUUCCUGUAGUCUCUGAGGAAAUAAAUGUUCACUAUGUAAAAAAACCCGAUUCUUCUGGUGAAAAAGAGAAAGAUGCUACUGGCACAAUCAAACAUUUUAUUGGGAAAAAAGAAAUCAGUUUUUCACAAAUGGUGGAAGUCUCCAGUUUAAAGGGAUCCUCAGAAUCCUUGGUAACAAAACUCGGCAUUGAAGAAUUAACCCAAAGCCAGGCAAAAGAAAAACAAACUGACAAAGGAGGAGGAGGAGAAGGCAGACAGUGGUCACAAUAUUCUUCCUUCCAAGCACUGCAGGUUAAGGGACGCAAAACCCUUGGGACAGAAAUAGAAUUACAGAAAGUCGCCUCUGCAAUACAGGAAGCAGCACCAGACGCAAGUGACUUAGUGGCCAUGGAGGAGAAUGAUGAGACAGAUGGCAUUCUUACCUCACUUCUGAAUGAAAUUGUAUUUCUUAACCAUCAGCUGAAUGAUGAUGCAUCAGAUGUGGCCAAACUCCCCAACUCUCUAAGUUCUUGCCUUUCUCUGGGAGUCACGGAGAAUCAAAGGGAAUCAUCUACUGCCAAUGGAUCUUCCUUUCAGUUUGAUGCAUUGCGUGGGAGCUUGAAAAACCUCUGUCUUGUUCAAGAGAGCUGUGGUUGCAUUACCCCUCUCAUGCUUCACUUGGAAAGUGACGGCAUAGCUGAUUGUGACAGAACUUUGAGACAGCCUCCAUCUAAACCAGAUGUUUUGAAACUAAUGUUAGGCUCCGAAGUAAAAGAUCCAGAUCUAGAUUUCCUGAUAGUAAAUACUGAUGGAAGUGUGAAACAUAUGGCACCUCUGUCAAAGACUACACAUAUGUCACUUCCAGUCCUAAAGAUGAAGACUAAUCUGGAGUCUGGCAAAGUUGACACAGUAUGGAAGCCCAUGCCCAAACUGGCUCCCUUUGGAUUAAAACCUGCCAGCUUCCCAUUAGAUUCAGUGGGGCAGAUUACCAAAGUGAUGUCUUUAUUGGCACCUGUUACUGCAGAGAUGUCAUCUGUUGGGCUAGAAGCCACUCAAUCAGUUACUAGUCAAGAACAGGACUGAAUGCAGUGCCUAUACUUGCUUGAGUGUUUUUCAAUAUCAAAGUAGUAUUACAGCUUUUUCUUUGUCAGAUGUAUGCCCGCUUCUCAGAAAGAAAAAACAUGUCAGGAAUAUGGGCCAUAUGAUAUUUUCAUGCCAAAUCCUUUGCAUGUAUUUUAUGAAGUGAAUGGUUUGGAUAAUUUGUUGAGUGAGCAUCAGGAUAGACUAGAAGGGAAGGCAGCAUUGUAUAGCCAAACCUUGUGAGAUCUUGGAAGCUAAGCAGGAUGGGUAAUUGGAAGGGAGACCACCAAGGAAGACCCUGCAGAAAAAGGCCAUGGCAGACCACCUCUGCUUAAUCACUUGCCUUAAAAGCCCCUUGCCAGGAUUGCUGUAAGUCAUCUGGGACUUAAAAUCACUAUGCGCACAAGUGCAUAUGCACGCACACAGGAUAGACUAAAUCCACAAUUAUGUUAUUUGGGCGAGCCAAAUGAUCUAGUGCCCUUGCAAAUUGAACACUUGCAGUUUCUCUAGAGCAUUUGUAAAAUAAUGCAUUUCGAAAGUAAGAGUUCAGAUUUUUUCAAAAUAUUUGCCUAGGAAGAAGAGCAAAGACGUGAGGGUUCAAUUGUUUCAGUUUUGGAAUAAAUACUCAUACCAUUCCCUAUGUGAGGGCUCAGUUUUUCAGUUCAAAUCAUUCCCUUAGUAACGUUAACAUAAGACUUCAGAAAAAUUUUUAAAGAACAAGUUAUUUCAUUUCCCUGUGUUUUUCUUUUCCUGUGUCAGUUUUUGAAAAGCAUUAAUAAUUAUAUUCAUUUACUUCAUUUACACCCUGCCUUUCUCCCCAAGAGGAACCCAAACUAGCUUAUAUUAUUCCCUUUUCUGUUUUAUCCUUAAAAACAACACCAUGAGGUACAUCACACUGAUCAAGAAUGAGACCUGGGUCUCUCAGAUCCUAGUCCAACAUUCUACAUUUUAUACCACGCUGCCUCUAGAGCCAAUGUGGCCUUUUUCCUUUUAAAAUUCUGAAAAGAAUACUUCAUAUGUCCUUGUAUUGAAAAUCGUGUACACAUGCAUGCGUGCAAACAUCUUUUUUUUCACUGUCUAAUUCUUUAUAGAUUUUAAUUGAAACACAUGGAAAUUGCUUCCCCAUGGUGCUAUAUUAUGCAGCAGCAAUAUGCAUGUGAACACUUCAGGCAUUGAGAGUAUUGUGCAUGUCUUUCUACCCAGUUGGCAGCCUGCUAAAGGGAAAGAUAUUGGGUGAGAUUGGAUUCGUUUGUAUAGGUGCAGAAUUCAUAUGUACGCCACAGUCGUAUGAGAUAGCACCAUGGAUUGGAUAGAUCCCAUGAGGAUGUGUGUGAAGGAGGCCCUAGUUUCAAAAUAAUAAUGUAUUUCACUAGUUCCUCUGACUCGGUUUCCUGACUUCGCACAUUAAUUUAACUGCUGAAAUACAAGCCACAAAUACAAUAUACGAGGUUCCACUGAAAGAUUAAAGUACAGUUGUAUAUUCAUCUGCUGCUGCUGGACCUCCUUUGUCAUAGAAUGCACCAUUUGGAUCCUAGUGCUUACCUAGUUCUGCUCCCCCCCCCCCCCAGUUCCCUUUUUGCUGUCCUUCCUUCCUCUUUAAGAGGCUAGACAUGGGGCAUCACACAGCUCUGCCACAGUGUGGGGCUGGCUGUAGGCAAAUUCAGCUGUGUGCAGCCACCUGUGCACUCCCUCUCGUCCUUCUGCUCCCCCAACUAGCCAAGCCUUUCUGCAGCCGCUUCUCACCUUGUCAGCAAGGUCAUCUGAAGAUUCUUCACCCUUGCAGCUUCCUGCUUCCCCUGCCUGUUGAGCCAUGUUUAAAUAUCUAUAGAAUAAUGGUUUUGACAAAGGCAGCACUUAAAAAUGAAUGAUAAUUCUCAUAUUCAUUUUGGACUAUGUUCUAUUACAGAAGUAUACUAUUUCCUCUUCUGCUGCACCACAACUGACUGCACUUUGAUCUUUCAGUGGAAAAGAAUAUAACUAAACCAAACUUUUAGGAUUAGGUACUCUACAGAAAUUCCAUUUGCAAGAUGUAUUUUUUAAAUUGUUUUGUAUGUGGUAACCAAGAAUCUGGAAUCACUGUCCACUCAUGAGCGUUGGAAUAUAAAAAUAUGUAAAGGAAUUUAUAGUUUUGUACAGUUAACUUUUACAAUUUUUGCUAAUAAAUUUCAACUCAAGAGAG